AUGCCUAUGCCUAUGAAUCCUGGACCUGGUCCCUUGUUUACCCAACCCAUUACACCAAACAUCCCCACCAGUUCCUCUGAGAAGGAAAAUUUGGGCGAUAUCAAGGAGCUUCUUCCUGAUGGGUCUGUCUCUGCAGUCCUCUCUGUGGGGUACCACAUUGGGUUGGCAGGCAGACUUGGAGGUCCCUACAACCCUGCAGCACUGCGUGCAAAAGCUGCCAAGAUUCAUACACAAAUUCCUACUGGCAUCAGUCUCAUGCUCAAUGCCCUCUACAUCAACCCCCAUCAAUUCAGCUUCCACAUCUUCAUAUUGCUUCGGUGA